AUGGUCGACAACACCAGCGCAUACAUUGCUGCAGGUCAGCCAUCCGGCUCUCGCUCUGGUACGGACGACACGCAAUCGCACCGCCGACGCAAGUCCUACAUGCAAGGCCUCUUGCUGCUGCUUAUCGUCGUCGUCCUGUGGACCGCCUCGAAUUUCUUGACCAACGCACUCCUCACGACGGGUGGAUACGAUAAGCCCUUCUUCGUGACGUAUGCGAACACAUCAUCGUUUGCGCUUUAUCUGGUGCCGUAUCUGGUGAGCAGCAGGCUGCGCAGGAGAUGGAGCAAUGCUUCUGCUGUGAAGCAAAAGUACACGAGAUUACCGCAGCACGAUUUGGAAGGGUCGGCAGCAGCGAGCCAAGCGGCUGAUAUUGCGAGUGAUAAGGACGAGCUUCCGAAGUGGCUCAAGACGCUUGGAUUCGAUGUGCCGACCGUCACGGCUGACGAAACGACCGAACGGGUGGUGGCGACUACAACAGCGACAGCGCCGGCGAUCAAGCCGUUUGCACUUCUCGCCGAGGAGCAGCAGCGACAACAACACCGCGGGCGAGGUGGUUCGAACUUGAAGCAAAAACCGAUCCGACUUACCCGCUCCUUCUCGCACGCACAACAACAAGACGACUCUUCCACAGCAUCCACACCCUUGCUCGCGCCCUCUCCUCCCGCAUCCCGGCCUACCUCGCCCGUCCGCCCCUACCUCGUGUCUACCUCUGUCGCGCGCCCCUCCUCCAUCGACGGCAGACGGCCCCGCACCUCGAUCAGCAUCGUUCGGCCCUCAGCAGCCGCAGUAGCGGAGGCAGCAGCAGCACCGGUAGUACCCCUCCCGCUGCCGCCGCUGACGUUGAAGGAAACAGCGGUGUUGGCGUCGCAGUUCACGCUCGUUUGGUUUGGGGCCAAUUGGGCGAUCAACGCCGGACUUGGGUUGACGUCUGUUGCGAGUGGGACGACGAUCGGAUCUGCGAGUGGGUUUUUCACUCUGGCGUUGGGGGCAGCACUGGGAGUGGACAGGUUUACGCUGCCGCGCUUGGGGGCGGUGUGCAUCUCGGCGCUGGGCGUGGCAGCGGUUACGUUUGCGGAUAGGGAUACUGCGACUUCGACGAUCUCGGCUGCAGCUGACACCGGGGCGGUGGUGCUGAAUGGACUGCGGAAGCGCUCCUCUUCCUCCGAGCCGAUGUUGAAGCCGAUGCUGAUGGCGGCGGCAGCGGCGGGCAAACCACCAAACGCGCCGUUGGGCGACAUGCUCGCUUUGCUCUCGGCAUUCCUCUACUCGCUCUAUGUGAUGCUGCUCAAGACACGCAUCGGCUCGGAAGACCGCAUCUCGAUGCCGCUCAUGUUCGGCAUUGUUGGCGCCAUCAACAUUCUCUGCCUCUGGCCCAUGCUGCCCCUGCUCCACUUCUCCGGGAUUGAAUCCUUUUCAUUACCUCCCUCACCGCAGAUCUGGGCCGGAGUAGUGGUGAACAUGUGCAUCACGUUCGUCAGCGAUUUCAUCUACCUGUUGGCGAUGUUGAAGAGCUCGCCGUUGAUCACGACGUUGGGGUUGUCGUUGACGAUCCCGCUGGCGGUGGUGAUCGAUGCGAUCAAGGGAAGUCAUACAGGUGGGUUGGUGGCGGUUGUGGGCUCGACGGCGGUGCUGAGCAGUUUUGGGUUUAUCGGCUGGGACGAUCAUCGCUGUUUCCAGGAGGAGAAGCGCAAAGCUGCGCGGGCCUUGGCAUUGCAGGUGCAAUUGGAGAGCGAGGCGUCGGCGGCGUCAGCGGGAGAGCAAGAGCAGGUGCAGCACGAUGGCAGUGACAGUAGGAUGCAGCCAAGAGCGGGACACAGUCGGAACUCGUCCGCCAUCUCGCUCGCCUCGGACUCUUCAUCGGCAUCGUAG